AGUUAAACCAACUCGAACAAGUAUCCCUUCCUCCUCCAGAAACCCCCAGAUCGGACCCCCAUCGACCGCUGAGAUGUGGCGACGAAGCAUACAGACGUUGGGACGAUGCUCCGCCAGCAGCGACGCCGCCGCCGCCGUCGCCGCCGCCCUGCUCUGGCGCUCCCUCGACCGAAGAUCCCUAUCCUCCGAAGCCACCUCCUCCGUCGACUCCAUCAUCCUCCGCUCCCUCAAGGAACACUACUUCCAGGUCUCCAAGAUGACUCCGCCGCCGAAAGUAAAUCCACCGGCGGGUUACUCCAUCGUGAAGAGCGCGCUGGACCGUGACGGCCCCGUCCUCCGCAGAACCUGCAAGGAGGAGGAGAUCUCGAUAUCCGUGAUGCGACUUGCAAACAUCCUUCCUUCUGGCGCCGCUGAUGAUAAAGGCGAUAACUCGAUUAGCCUGUUCCUCCACGUCGAUGUGUCCAAGCCUGGGCAGGAGAAGUCGAUUCAGUUCCUUUGCGGGUUGUAUCCAGAUGCCGUCGGGAUCCACUCCGUGAGCCUGCGACCCAAGGUCGCCGGCACGAGCAAUAUGACCAAGUUCGAGGGUCGCGUGUUUCAGGAGCUAGAUCUAAAGAUCAGGAAUGCAUUCCAUAUCUUCAUACAUACACGCGGUGUCGACGAGAAGCUUUUCCCAUUCCUGCAAGCAUGGCUAUAUGUUAAAGACCAUAGAACCCUCAUGCGCUGGUUCAAGAGCGUGGGCUCGUUUAUGAAUCAACCGAAACCUGCUUGACCGAUAAAUUUCUUGCUAAUGAUAAUGUUUUUGUUGUUCUAUACAAUGUACCGUCUGUUCUAUUAUUGCAAAUGCUUGUUUCCAGUGAGCGAAAUGAGGCA